AUGCUCUCAUUCCCUCUCACCCACUCUCAUACGCUCUCAUUCCCUCUCACCCACUCUCAUACGCUCUCAUUCCCUCUCACCCACUCUCUCACGCUCUCAUUCCCUCUCACCCACUCUCAUACGCUCUCAUUCCCUCUCAACCACUCUCAUACUCUCUCAUUCCCUCUCACCCACACUCAUACGCUCUCAUUCCCUCUCACCCACUCUCAUACGCUCUCAUUCCAUCUAACCCACUCUCAUACGCUCUCAUUCCCUCUAACCCACACUCAUACGCUCUCAUUCCCUCUCACCCACUCUCAUACGCUCUCAUUCCCUCUCACCCACUCUCAUACGCUCUCAUUCCCUCUCACCCGCUCUCAUACUCUCUCAUUCCCUCUCACCCACUCUCAUACUCUCUCAUACGCUCUCAUCCACUCUCAUCCACUCCCAUACGCUCUGAACCCCUCCCAUCCCCUCUCAUCCCCUCUCAUCCCCUCUCACACACUCUCAUUCCCUCUCACCCACUCUCAAAUGCUCUCAUUCCCUCUCACCCACUCUCAUACGCUCUCAUUCCCUCUCACCCACUCUCAUACGCUCUCAUUCCCUCUCACCCACUCUCAUACGCUCUCAUUCCCUCUCACCCACUCUCUCACGCUCUCAUUCCCUCUCACCCACUCUCAUACGCUCUCAUUCCCUCUCACCCACUCUCAUACUCUCUCAUUCCCUCUCACCCACACUCAUACGCUCUCAUUCCCUCUCACCCACUCUCAUACGCUCUCAUUCCAUCUAACCCACUCUCAUACGCUCUCAUUCCCUCUCACCCACACUCAUACGCUCUCAUUCCCUCUCACCCACUCUCAUACGCUCUCAUUCCCUCUCACCCACUCUCAUACGCUCUCAUUCCCUCUCACCCACUCUCAUACUCUCUCAUUCCCUCUCACCCACUCUCAUACUCUCUCAUACGCUCUCAUCCACUCUCAUCCACUCUCAUACGCUCUCAACCCCUCCCAUCCACUCUCAUCCCCUCUCAUCCCCUCUCAUACACUCUCUUUCCCACUCAUCCCCUCUCGUCCUAUCUCACACACUAUCAUUCCCUCUCAUUCACUCUCAUCUACUAUCAUACACUCAUAUUCACUCUCAUCCACUCUCAUCCCCUCUCAUCCCCUCUCAUCCACUCUCAUCCCCUCUCAUCCACUCUCGUUCCCCCUCACACACUCUCAUUCCCUCUCAUACACUCUCGUACCCUCUCACCCACUCUCAUACGCUCUCAUUCCCUCUCACCCACUCUCAUACCCUCUCAUUCCCUCUCACCCACUCUCAUACGCUCUCAUUCCCUCUCACCCACACUCAUACCCUCUCAUUCCCUCUCACCCACUCUCUUACGCUCUCAUUCCCUCUCACCCACUCUCAUACGCUCUCAUUCCCUCUAACCCACUCUCAUACGCUCUCAUUCCCUCUCACCCACUCUCAUACGCUCUCAUUCCCUCUCACCCACUCUCAUACGCUCUCAUUCCCUCUAACCCACUCUCAUACGCUCUCAUUCCCUCUCACCCACUCUCAUACGCUCUCAUUCCCUCUCACCCACUCUCAUACGCUCUCAUUCCCUCUCACCCACUCUCAUACGCUCUCAUUCCCUCUCACCCACUCUCAUACUCUCUCAUUCCCUCUCACCCACUCUCAUACUCUCUCAUACGCUCUCAUCCACUCUCAUCCACUCUCAUACGCUCUCAACCCCUCCCAUCCACUCUCAUCCCCUCUCAUCCCCUCUCAUACACUCUCUUUCCCACUCAUCCCCUCUCGUCCUAUCUCACACACUAUCAUUCCCUCUCAUUCACUCUCAUCUACUAUCAUACACUCAUAUUCACUCUCAUCCACUCUCAUCCCCUCUCAUCCCCUCUCAUCCACUCUCAUCCCCUCUCAUCCACUCUCGACUUUGACGUAUGCAACAUAUUCAAGGGGAAAGUUUAUCCGUCAGCCGCAGAAGCGAGGGAGGAUGUUCGGUUGUAUUUUGGCCUCUCGUAUCCUGUUGCCCUCCCAUCCUAUGCUGCCCUCCCAACCCCUGCUGCCCUACCAACCCCUGCUGCCCUCCCAACCCCUGCUGCCCUCCCAACCCCGCCUGUCCGCCGCUCCCCUGCUGCCCUGUCAUCCCAUGCUGCCUUGCCAUCCCCUGCUGCCCUCCCAACCCCUGCUGCCCCCCCAACCCCUGCUGCCCUCCCAUCCCCUGCUGCCCUCCCAACCCCUGCUCCCUUGUCAUCCCAUGCUGCCCUGUCAUCCCAUGCUGCCCUCCCAACCCAUGCUGCCCCCCCAACCCCUGCUGCCCUCCCAUUCCCUGCUGCCCUCCCAACCCCUGCUCCCCUGUCAUCCCAUGCUGCCUUGCCAUCCCCUGCUGCCCUCCCAUCCCCUGCUGCCCUCCCAUCCUCUGCUGCCCUCCCAACCCCGCCUGUCCGCUGCUCCCCUGCUGCCCUGUCAUCCCAUGCUGCCUUGCCAUCCCCUGCUGCCCUCCCAUCCGCUGCCGCCCUCCCAACCCUGCCUGUCCGCCGCUCCCCUGCUGCCAGGCCAUCCCCUGCUGCCUUGCCAUCCCCUGCUGCCCUCGCAACCCCGGGUGUCCUCCCAUCCCCUGCUGCCCUCUCAACCCCUGCUGACCUUCCAUCCCUUCCAAUCCGCUCCCACCAUUUUGUUCCAACCGUUCAGCUCCUCCCUGCUGUUCCGUGGUAG